AAUAUAUUUUGUAUCUCCCAUUUAUUAUUGCGCGCACUCGUCGCAGAAACAGAGAUUCCUAGCUGUCUAAACUGAACCAUAAGAUCGCAUUAACUCAAAAGCUCUCACACAAAGACAAAGAUCUUCUUCUCUCUCUCUCUCGGCUGAAAGGUAGUAACAAUGGAGAACCCUCCAGAUCAAACAGAGUCAAAGGAGAUGAUGCUUCAACCCAGAAUCAUAAGACCAAAGGGUGGACUUCUCACUAUGCCCUUCAUCAUUGCAAACGAGGGGUUCGAGAAAGUGGCGAGCUAUGGAUUGUUACAGAACAUGAUUCUUUAUCUGAUGAGUGAUUACGGAUUAGGACUUGUGAAAGGACAAAACGUGUUGUUCAUGUGGGUCGCUGCUACUAACUUCAUGCCUCUCGUUGGAGCUUUUCUCUCAGAUUCUUAUUUGGGUCGCUUUCUCACCAUCUCCAUUGCCUCUCUCUCCAGUUUCCUGGGGAUGAUGGUUCUAUGGCUAACGGCGAUGUUACCACAAGUGAAGCCAUCACCGUGUGUAGCAUCUACCGUAACCAAGUGCAGUUCUACCGCAGCGACAUCUUCUCAGUUGGCUCUUUUGUAUUUCGCGUUUGGCCUUAUAUCGAUUGGAUCUGGUGGAAUCAGGCCGUGUUCUCUAGCCUUUGGUGCUGAUCAAUUAGACAACAAAGAGAAUCCCAAGAACGAGAGGGUUCUUGAGAGUUUCUUUGGUUGGUACUACGCUUCUUCAUCGGUUGCUGUCUUGAUCGCUUUCACUGUCAUUGUUUACAUUCAAGAUCACUUGGGAUGGCGAAUAGGGUUUGGAGUCCCAGCGAUUCUCAUGCUACUGGCGAGUAUCGUGUUUGUUUUCGCGUCUCCUCUCUAUGUUAAACGCAAAGCGACCAAGAGUCUGUUCACUGGUUUAGCUCAAGUGGCUGUUGCUGCUUACGUGAACAGGAACUUAGUAUUACCGGUUCAUAAUGACUCUUAUGGCUGUUAUUACCACCUGAACGAUUCUGAACUUAAAGCUCCAAGUGAUAAAUUGAGGUUUCUGAAUAAAGCUUGUGUCAUAAGAAACCGUGAGGAAGACAUUGGUGCUGAUGGUUUGGCCUUAAACCCAUGGAGGCUCUGUACAACGGACCAAGUUGAGGAACUCAAGGCUUUGGUCAAGGUGAUACCGGUAUGGUCCACGGGGAUAAUGAUGUCUAUAAACGUGAGCCAGAACUCGUUUCAGUUGCUUCAAGCUAACUCCAUGGAUAGACGUUUGAGCGACCAUUCAACCUUCAAAAUCCCACCUGGAUCUUUUGGCAUGUUCACAAUCAUAGCCUUGAUCUCAUGGGUGGUUCUCUACGACCGUGCAAUCCUCCCAUUAGCUUCCAAGAUCCGAGGCAAACCGGUUAGAAUCAAUGUCAAGAUCAGAAUGGGGUUAGGUCUAUUCAUAUCCUUCCUAGCAAUGGCGGUUUCCGCAACUGUUGAGCAUUACCGAAGAAGAACCGCAAUAAGCCAAGGACUUGCAAACAACGCCAACGCGACAGUGAACAUCUCAGCGAUGUGGCUCGUACCGCAGUAUGUGCUUCACGGUUUGGCAGAGGCCUUAACCGGGAUAGGACAGACGGAGUUUUUCUAUACCGAGUUUCCUAAAAGCAUGUCGAGCAUUGCUGCUGCCUUGUUUGGUCUAGGAAUGGCAGUGGCUAAUAUAUUGGCUAGUGUGAUCCUCAAUGUGGUCAAGAAUAGCUCAAAGAAGGGUGGAGAGAGCUGGAUUGAAGAUAAUAUCAACAAGGGUCAUUAUGAUUAUUACUAUUGGGUUUUAGCCAUCUUGAGCUUCGUUAAUGUCAUUUAUUACAUAGUGUGUAGCUGGUCGUAUGGUCCCACGAUGGACCAGUUGAGGAAUGAUAAGGUUAAUGGUGUGAGAGGAGAAGAACAAGAAGAAGCUGUUAAAUUAAACUAAAGAUUCAUGGUGUGUGUUAUAUAAUCUAAUAUAUUUGUAUGCAUGUAAUUAUAGUUAUAUAUAUUUGGAUUUGGAUUUAGGAAAGUGAGGAUUAUCUUA